GCUGUGUGACUGAUUACGGAGAAAACGAAACUUAGUGAGUCUGAAUUAAAACAGCCCGGUCGUCCGUGGAAGUAGAGUUAAAAUAAAAACAAAGGCGAUAAUAUAUCGUUAGUGAGUAUUCUGAGAGUUACUCUCUGUUGAAUUGUGACUGUUGCGUUAUUAAUAAUGGCCGUAGCUAAACUAAACGAGUAUGCGCAGAAAGCGCGUUUAGAUCUGAGAUACGAGGACGUUGGAUGUGACGGCCUCGACCACAUUCGGACAUUUACAAUGAGAGUCAUCCUGGAUGGUAAGACGUAUGAUGGUGUGGGGAAGAACAAGAAGGAAGCCAAACUGAAAGCAGCUGAAAAUGCCCUCAGCAUCCUGUCUGAGGGAACUAUUGAUCCUGACAAUAGCUGUGCCGAGACAAAUUUCAUUGGCUAUAUUAACCACUACUGUCAGCAAACAAACCGCAGCCAAUCAUACGUUGAAGAGGAGAGACGUGGCACACCUGAUAAGCGUCAAUUUUUCUUCAAAGUAAUAAUUGACAAAAAGGACUACCCUGUGGGUGAGGGUAAGUCUGUCAAGAAAGCCAAACAAAAUGCAGCUCAGCUGGCUUGGUCUGCACUCCAAGAACAGCCCGACUGGGACAGACAGGUGUCUGUCAGAUCAACCGAGGAUGAUGGAGCAUCCAUAUUAACUGCCCCGGAGUCUAAUGAAUCAUCAUCAUCAGCAAUUGGAACACGAGGCUCAAACAUAUUCACAGAUUCAUCCAACUCUUCCAAGAAUCAGGAUGCUGUCAAAGACCAGAAUACCGGAAAUAGUCAGAAUGAAACAUCCAUCGAGUCAAGGUUUACUUUAGACUUUGAUUCCAUGGAGUAUCUUGGCAUUGGAGCCUUUGGUCGUGUUUACAAAGCAAGACACAAAUUGCUGGAGAAGGAUUUUGCUGUAAAGGUUGUCUGCCUUGAAGAGAAAUCUCUUCGAGAGGUGGGGACAUUAUCAGACCUCCUCCACCCUAAUAUCGUCAGAUACUACGUAUCUUGGCUGGAGCAUUCAGAAUACCAGGGGGAUUCUGAUUCAACUGACAGUUCAGCUGGUUACAGCUCUUUUCCGUCUCCAAAUAAUUCAUCGGCCAAGUACCUCUAUAUUCAGAUGGAGUUAUGUGACACAAAGACACUAAAAGAGUGGAUUGAAGAGAAAAACACCCAGUCUCUGCAAGACUCCAAGAGAAGAGAAGAAGGCCUAAGCAUUGCUCAGCAAAUAGUCAGUGGAGUCGAAUAUAUUCACUCCAAGAAGCACAUCCACAGGGACCUUAAGCCUGCGAACAUCCUGUUCGGUCUGGGUGGAGAAGUGAAGAUUGGAGACUUUGGCCUGGUCACCAGAGAUGACGAUGGAGAUGCUUUGAUUGAAAGAACAAAGGAUUCUGGAACCGUAUCUUACAUGGCUCCUGAACAAAAUAAGAAGAACUAUGACCGGAAAGUGGACAUAUUUGCUUUGGGGUUGAUCUUCUUGGAACUCUUUUGGAAAGUCUCUACUGGCCACGAAAAAGCAAAGAUGUUUACGGAGGCCAGAUGUCAGAAUCUCCCCAAAGACUUUCCCCAGACUUUUCUCCAAGAGAACCGAAUCAUGGAGUUAAUGCUGCGUGAGAAGCCAGAAGAACGACCCGAGGCGAGUAAAGUGAAGGCGGAACUGGAGUGUGCGAAGACAUUCAACGCACAAAAUGAGCGGCAGAAAAAUGCAACCGUCUGAUUAUCACAAGGAAUUAUGAUGAGCUCGCUUUGCUGAUGUCUGUGUUUUUAUCAAAUGAUUUGAUCUACUCUUAUAUUAAUAUGAUGUUUCGAAUCUUUGUGGGUAAAUGGGUAUUGUGCGCUUCACAAGGUCCAGGAGAAAACGUAAAUGUUAGAUUUUGUCGUUAGUCAGUCAAGUUAAUGUCAACCGUGCUCUCUUUUAAAUAUAACUAGCUUUGUUACAUAAACAUAACUUGUAACACUACAGCGUGUUACAAGUUGAAACUCAUACGUCGUCUCCGCCGACUAAGCCGACUAGCGAUGUACGGAGAGCAUCGCGGUUUGAAGCUGAGGGCAACAGGCCGAGCGUUGGUAUUAUUGGAGUCAUGAGGUCAAAUCAUUAACAAUACAAUUAAUGAGCAACCUAAAAAAGGGACCCACUAUUAUGAGAUUCAGAAUAAGGGGAUGGAACACGAUGGAAUUGUUUUUAUCAUGAAAAAGUAACUUUUACAGUAAUUCACUUCUGUAUAGCUUUGGUUUGUUUCUAAUCAUGUGCCUUCUGUGUCUAGAUUUAACAUUUUAUCGUUAAAUGUCUUUUGGUGUCACAUUGCAACCUUUGCUUUGUAUUGAAAAGGUAAAGUUUGUCACGGCAAAGAAAUACAUAUAAAAAGUAUUUUUCUUUGCCUAGAUUGUAAAGGCCCCUGAGCCAAAUGUGUGAUGUGGGAUAUGCGGCUAUACAAAUACAAUUGGGUCCAGAAGUUAAUUGCUAAUUUAAUUCAUAUGUUCUUUAAUUUUCGAGUCAAUAAAGCCAUAUUCUUUUAAAACCCA